UAGAUAAAAAAAAAUGAUUUUAUUGUUUUAUGAUUGUCAUUUUCACGAAAAUAUAGUCUCAUUUUGAAUUAGGUUAUGUAUUAGUGUAGAUCCUAGAGUUUGGAAAGAGAAACAAAAUGAUUGAAAAUAUUGAUGAUCAGCCAGCCUAUCAAGCACAAAGUUCAUGGACUGUUUUCCGUCAAAUGAUCAUUCCGUUUUUCCUAUCUGGCCUAGGUUGUGGUGCUGCCGGAAUCGUAUUGAAUCAUGUGGCUGAAUGGCCAGUAUUUAUUGAUAUACCACAAAUAUCGAUUUUGGUGCCUGCAUUUAUCGGUAUGAUCGGUAAUAUUGAAACAACUUCGGCAUCACGUUUGUCCACAAUCGCCAAUCUUGGUCGAAUGGACGAUUGGAAGAAUAUCGGUAAUGUUAUAACCGGAAAUUUUAUGGUCAUCGAAUGUCAAGCAUCAUUGAUGGCAAUGUUUGCUGCAUUAAUGGCAUUGGCAAUAUCAACAUUUCGUGAAGCUACCAGGGACAAAAUAACACUCGAAACGGCAUUAAUUUUGUGCGCCGGUUCGGUUGCAUCUUCAAUUUUGGCAAACACAUUAAUAGCAUCGAUAGUCACCAUUCUGGUUAUCAUUGGUCGUCGUUUAAACAUCAAUCCAGAUAAUAUAUCUGCACCGGUUGCAGCAUGUAUGGGUGAUGCUUCAACGGUGGCCAUUCUGGCCAAUGUUCAUCGUUUACUAUACAGUCUGAAUCCAACAUAUCAGCUAUAUAUUUCGGGAAUUAUUUUAACAUUUACAUUAGUUAUUAUGGCACCAGCAUUUAUAUUUUUGGCUCGUCGUAACCAAUAUACAAGAUCCGUAAUCUAUUCCGGUUGGAUUCCACUUUUAGUUGCCAUAAUUUUAUGUAAACCAGCCGGUCUUGUUAUGGAAAUAUCAAUGGAACAGUGGCCAGUUAUAUCAACAUUUUUUCCAUUAAUUGAUGGUGUUGGUGCUCAAGUGGCCGGUAUACAAACUAGCCGUAUAUCAACUUUUUUACAUACUACAGCUGAACAUAAAACAACAGCAAAACAAAAUUCUGAUGAUGUAAAACAAACAAAAUGGUUUUUCAGUCCAAUACAUGUAUUUUUUUCACAAGAAAUUCAUUCAAAAUUAGCACGUAUGUUGGUCAUGAUUACACCGCCAGCACAUUUGAUUUUCUUGGCCAUUAUUUAUGGCAUUCAACAUUUAUUGAAUGAAUCAUCAUUUCAUUUUACAGCAUCAUUCAUCAUAAUUCAUUUGAUUGCUGUAUUUCUUCAAAUAAUCAUAUUAUUAUAUCUAUCAUAUUUAGCCGUAUUUUGGACAUGGAAUCAUAAUAUUAAUCCAGAUAAUUCUGUUAUGCCAUUAGCAACAACAUUAUCGGAUUCAUUGGGAAUUUUUUUUGUUACUUUAGGUUUUCACCUGUUGAACACAUUGAAUGAUAUAAAUACAUUGUCAUCAUCAUCAUCAUCAUCAUGAUAAUGAUAAUUUGUUCUAUAUUAAUAAAAAUAGAACAUUACAUAAUAAAUAUUAUCGAAUGAUAUGUAUUGAUCGAUUUAUUGAUAUGAAGUUUGAAGAGAG